AUUAAAGAAUUAAAGAAGAGACUAAGAUGGAUCAUAAGCGACACGAGUACGGACAUUUACGCGAGGAGUUAGAGUUAUUGAAGGGAUCCCUGGAAUUGUCUAGUCAACAAGAAACGUUGUUGAGAUGCCAGGUGGAUGGUUUAGAAGCAGAUGUAUCUCACUUCAAACAUUGUGAGCAGACCUUGAAAAGCAACUUGAAGACUGUAAUAAACGAGAAGUCGAGGAUAAUAGAGCAACUUGAGGAACAGCUGAGUACAGCUGAGAAUGAAAUUAUCAGGAUGAUCGCAGAGCUGUCAAGGGCAUCAGAUAAGGAGAGUCUGCUGAGCGAACUUAAGAAAGAAAACAUGAGGGUUAUAAAACAACUCGAAGAUCAGUCAAAGGAGAUUACUGAAGAAAACUCCACGCUUAAAGCCGAAUUGUCCAAGGUAUCAGAGAAGGAUAAUCAAAUGACUGAGCUCAAAAGUGAAACGACGAAGGUCAUAAAACAUCUUGAAGAUCAGCUAGUGAACCUUAAGAAGGAAAAUCACAACCUGGCCAUAGAAUUGUCCAAGGUGUCAGAGAACGAUAAUGAGAUGAUUGAAUUAAAAGGUGAAACGUCCAAGUUCAUCAAUAAUCUUGAUGAUCAACUAGCAGCACUUAAGAAGGAAAAUUCCACGCUGGCCACAGAAUUGUACAAGGCAUCAGAGAAGGAUAAUCACAUGACUGAGCUUCAAAGUGAAACGACGAAGGUCAUAAAACAUCUUGAAGAUCAGCUAGCGAACCUUAAGAAGGAAAAUCACAANGCUGGCCACAGAAUUGUACAAGGCAUCAGAGAAGGAUAAUCACAUGACUGAGCUUCAAAGUGAAACGACGAAGGUCAUAAAACAUCUUGAAGAUCAGCUAGCGAACCUUAAGAAGGAAAAUC